AGCAAGUGCCAGGGAUUUCUGUUAUUCUGACGCUUAGUAAAGUCAUUCAAUCCAGUCAGGAGAGACCUACUAGCCCUUUGAAAUCACUGCAGCUUGCUUAGCUUACAUCUUGAGGCCUCCAUGAGUUUUCAGGUGCUAUGGGGAUGAGUUUCUAAGGCAGAGUUCUGGUAAAGCAACUGAAAAACACAGGACUGUAGUAUCUGCCCCGAUGAGGUCAGAUGGAGGUUUGGGAUCUGUGUAUGAACAAUCAGAAUUCACUGAAAAUCUUUUGGCUGAUUUUGUGGUCCUACAAUGGACUGGCCAGGUGAUGGGACUUUUGCCUGGAGGUUCACAAAAUCAAAACAAUGGAAAUGGGAAAUCUGUUCUUAAAACAAGCCUGAUUUUUGAGUUUCCAUCAAAAGCACAGGAGGUUUUAUGGGUGGAAGAAGAUUCAGAGUGUAAGUAUGGACAGAGGGCAAAGAGCUUACACUGCUUUGUACUUUCUUUUCCUGUGCCAGGUAUGUACAGUGUCAUGGGUGCAGUUCCACUGCUUUAGGCUUCACAUUUCUCUUCAAGUCUUAGCAUUGUAUAAAUCUGCUUUUGCCUUACACCCUCUACUCAGAGAAGCUAGAGAAAUGGUAUCUCAGGUACCAGUGAAACACAUGAUUUCUAAAGCAUGUGAGCAAUCUACUUUUGGCUUCAGUUCUCUGGCUGUGCAUGAGGGAAACAAUCUGGAAACACAUAAUUGCCCUGCAAGAAAUAUUUCCUUCUUAAGUUUCGUGCCAAUGCACACCACAAGAUGCCAAAGUCUUUGGUAAGGUGCAAUAGUGGUUGAUAUGUCUAUUACAGCUACAAAAGAAACCAACAGAAAAAAAAUCGGUAUUAGACUGCAGUAGCUGCUGUAAUCAUUAGGGUUCCUACUUAGCAUUAAGCGAGUACUUUGGCGCUUGCUGAUAAUACCAGAAGAGAGACCCCAGGGCCGCUGCAGCCCCAUCCCGGGCCAAAGUUGUUCCCCGCCGAGCGCGGGCGUGAGGCGGCUGCAGUGUUGUGUCGGCGCCUCCGGGUGCCGCUGUUGGGCCGCCGGCGAGCGUUGCUGGAGCCGCCGCCGCCGCCGCCUGUGCGUGCUGUCCCCGCAGGCUGCUGGCUCGGGCGGGCAGUGCGGGCCAGAGCGGCAGCGGCACGGGCAGCAGAGGCGAGAGGCGGCGCGGGCAGCAGAGGCGUGCGAGUGGGAGGCGGCGGCGGUCCGGGUUUGCUUUGUCGAGCGCUGCUGUGGCUGCGCCGAGCGGCUGCGAGGGAGGCGGGGCGGCGGCAGGAGCCUGGCGAGCUCGGCGAGCGAGCGCUGUGGGCGAUGUCGGGCGGGCGGAGGCCGAGCGGCGGGCCGGGCGGCGGGCGAGCGGCGGUGCUGGGCGCUGUGCUGCUGUGGCUGUGCUGGCGGGCGGCGGCGGAGCGGCUCCGCUACUCCAUGGCCGAGGAGCUGCCCAGAGGCUCGCUGGUGGGGCCGCUGGCCCGGGACCUGGGGCUCAGCGCCGACGAGCUGCCGGCGCGCAAGCUGCGGGUGGCGUCUGCCGGCAAAAAGCAGCUGAAAUACUUCUCGGUGAGCGAGGAGAACGGGAACCUGUACGUGAGCGAGAGGCUGGACCGGGAGGAGCUGUGCGGCAAGUUGGCGUCCUGCUCGGUCAGCUUUGAGGCGCUGGUGCACAACCCGCUCAACGUCUUCCGUGUCGAAGUGGCCAUUGAGGACGUGAAUGACAACUCCCCGGUCUUCAGCAAGGAUGCCCUGGACCUCGAGAUCGGUGAAUGGACGGUUCCAGGUGCUCGUUUUCCUCUGGAGAUGGCCCAAGAUGCGGACGUGGGAAGUAAUUCCCUGAUUACUUAUCAACUCACCAGCAACCCGUCCUUCAGUCUGGCCUUGAAAGAGAUCACGAGUGGAAAAAUGCAGCCGGAAUUAAUGCUGGAGAGAGCGUUGGACAGAGAGAAGCAGAGCUCCUUUGAGCUGGUGCUGACGGCAGUGGACGGCGGGGACCCAGCGAGGUCCGGGACUGUCCAGGUUCGGGUCAACGUGACGGACUUAAAUGACAACCCGCCCGUGUUCAGCAAAAACGUCUACGAGGCUCGAGUGGCUGAGAAUUUGCCGGCAGGUUCGCUGGUGCUGCAGGUGCGGGCCACAGAUGCAGAUGCGGGGUCCAAUGGGCGGGUCUCCUACUCCUUUGUCAACGUCCCGGCCGGGAUCCGCGAGUUGUUCUCUAUCGACAAAGAGAGCGGUGAGAUCAGCACCGAGAGGCCCCUCGAUUUCGAGGAGACGAAUAUAUACAGGUUCGCUCUAGAAGCGAGGGACGGGGGCGGACUCAUUGGUUACUGUGAAGUUCAGAUAGACGUCACAGACGAGAACGACAACACACCCGAAAUCACCAUUCUGUCACUGUCGAGCCCCGUACCUGAAGACGCACCGGUCGGCACUGUGGUGGCCCUGCUGAACGUCCAUGACCCGGACUCCGGCGAGAACGGUGAGGUGUCGUGCGAGCUGUCGGGAGAGGCGCCGCUGUCGAUCGUGGCGUCGUCGGGCGGCUCUUACAAAGUGGUGACGGCGAGCGCGCUGGACCGCGAGCAGGCGUCCGAGCACCGCGUGACGGUGGUGGCCCGGGACCGGGGCAGCCCGGCUCUGUGGAGCAGCGCGGAGCUGUUGCUGGAGGUGUCGGACGUGAACGACAACGCGCCGGUGUUCGAGGAGGCGUCGUACAGCGCGUACGUGCGGGAGAACAACGCGGUGGGCGCGCUGGUGUUGCGCGUUGUGGCUCGGGACUUGGACGCGGGCGCGAACGGGCGCGUGAGCUACUGGCUGUCGGGCGGCAGCGCGGGCGCGGCGGGCGCGGCGCCGCUGGUGUCGGUGGAGGCGCGGAGCGGCGCGGUGUACGCGCAGCGCUCGUUGGACUACGAGCAGUGCCGCGAGUUCUUGGUGGCCGUGCGGGCGCAGGACGGCGGGUCGCCGGCGCGCAGCUCGACGGCCACGGUGCGCGUCUUCGUGCUCGACCAGAACGACAACGCGCCGCGGGUGCUCUACCCGCCCCCGCCGGCGGCGUCGGGAGCGGCGUCGGCCCCGGGCUCGGUGGGUUCGGCUUUCGAGGUGGUGCCGCGUUCGGCGUCGUCCGGGUACCUGGUGGGCAAGGUGGUGGCGGUGGACGCGGACGCGGGGCGCAACGCGUGGCUGUCGUACGAGCUGGUGCAGGCGUCGGAGCCGGCGCUGUUCCGCGUGGGGCUGCAGAGCGGCGAGGUGCGCACGGCGCGGGCCGUGUCGGAGAGGGACGCGGCCAAGCAGCGCGUGGUGGCCGUGGUGAAGGACCACGGCGAGCCGGCGCUGUCGGCCACGGCCACGCUGCACGUGGUGCUGGCCGAGAGCUUGCAGGAGGCGCUGCCGGAGCUGAGCGAGCGGGCGGCGGGCGCCGAGGCGGCGGGCGAGCUGCAGUUCUAUCUGGUGCUGGCGCUGGCGCUGCUGUCGGCGCUGUUGGUGCUGAGCGUGGCGCUGGCCGUGCUGGCGCGGCUGCGGCGGGCCGGGCCGCCCGGCGUGCUGCGCUGCCUGGGCGCGCAGCGCUUGUCGCUGGCCGGCGCCGCCUUCCCGGCCGACUUCUGCGAGGGCACCUUGCCCUACUCCUACAACCUGUGCGUGGCGGCGCCGCCCCGCUUGGCCGCCGAGGCCGCUUGGCCGCCGCCGCCGCUGCCCAUCGUGCCCGCGGAGGAGCUUGUGGCCGGGGAGCCCUGCGAGAAACCGAGCCCGAGCAGCAGCGCCGUCCUGGGAGAUCCGCCCGCCGACACCGACGCACCGCAGGUCAGUAAGCCCCUUCACGCCUUCUCUCUGAGGUUUUCCUAAGGGUAUGCAUGUGGCA